UAUACUGCGUAUUUACGAGCUGAACUAUGUUGAUGGUGGUGAUUUUAAUAAGCGUGGUGUUCGGUCUGUGGGCGUGGUACCUGAGGAAUAAUAAUAAAAAUGAACCACCAGCAAUACCUGGUGCUCUACCCGUGAUUGGCCACGCGCAUUUUUUGAUCGGAGACAGCACUAAGUUGUGGGCGAUUGUUAAAGAAUUAUCCAACAUAAGUCUGUAUGUUGGAGGAGUAAUUUCUGCUUAUAUUGGACCAAGGACGAUAUACGUAAUAACAGACCCAGAUGAUUUUUUAACGGUAUCCAAUACCUGCUUACAAAAGGAUGGUUUCUAUGAUUUUGCAAAACCUUGGGUUGGAGAGGGUUUAGUAACUGGAAAGGUAUCAAUAUGGAAAGUUCAUCGUAGAUUACUAAACCCCGCUUUCAGUCAGGUCGUUCUUGACAGUUUUCUGGGUGUAUUUAACAAACAAUCUCGUCGACUCGUGAAAGAUUUAGAAGUCGAAGUUGGAAAGGGGUCUUUCGACCACUGGGUCUACACGAGACACAACGCUCUGGAAACCAUAUGUCUGACCGCUUUAGGUGUAGAUUUCACCGAUAAAAACGUGCUGAAUAGUAAAUACGUGAUGGCAGCUGAACAGAUGUUCAAUGUUUUCGUGGACAGGUUCCAGAAGUUUUGGCUACACAGCCAUUUCAUAUACAGAUGGUCAUCUUUGAAAAAGAAACAAGACGAAUAUUUGAAAAUCAUACACAACUUGUCGGAUACGGUCCUGCAAAAACGAAAGGCUGAUUAUUUGAAAAAUAGAAAUAACAACGAGGAAACGACACAAGGUCCUAAAUUCAAGCCUUUCAUGGAUCUCCUCCUCGAACUAUCGAUAGAGAAAGGAGCCUUCAACGAUCGUGAGAUAAGAGAACACGUGGACACGAUGAUCGUAGGGGGCCAUGAUACCUCCGCUAGUGUUCUCAUGUACAGUAUGUUACUGGUCGGCUCCUACCCUAAAGUUCAAGAAAGAAUUUUUGAAGAAUUACACGAUGUUUUUGGGGACGACGACAGAGAUGUAACGAAGUAUGAUCUCUCGCAGCUAUGUUAUUUGGAGGCUGUACUAAAAGAAACGAUGCGUAUUUACCCAAUAGUUCCUGUGACAGCUAGAUAUUUGGACAGAGAUGUUAAACUGCGUAACUGCACCUUGACUGGAGGUCGUACCUGCUUUAUGUUUAUCUAUGGAGUACACAGGCACCCCAUGUGGGGGCCAGAAGCCGAAAAAUUCAACCCUGAGAGAUGGCUAGACCCUGCUACGUUGCCGAAAUGUCCAAAUGCGUUUGCUGGAUUUGGAAUGGGAAAAAGAAUCUGUAUAGGAAAAUCGUACGCUUUUAUGUCCAUGAAGACGUCGUUGGCGCAUUUAUUCCGACACUAUAGACUUAGUGGUGAUCAUACGAAAUUAGAAGUGAAGAUAGACGUCAUGCUGAAACCUGUGUCGGGAUAUCAUAUUACAAUCGAAAGGAGGAACAAAUAA